AUGGGAAUGAAACCAUUGACCCCGUGGAUGGAUGCUUUAUCAACUUUGGUCAAACCUGAAAGUUUAAUUGAUCUGCAAUGCAAUACCCAAAACAUUGUUUCUCAUUUGAAAUUACCACCAACAUUGGGAUCAUCAAGGAUGGAGAAUGGUCGUGUACUCACUAACUUGCAGAAUCGAAGUGCCGAUUUCAGUGGAGUUGGUAAUGCAGUGACUUAUACUGUUACAGCGCGGUUUUUGACAAAGAGUAGCAAAUGGGAAAAGAGUUUCAGACAAUUUACCAAUAAGCACAAGGGAAAUGGUUCGGUGAAUAAUGGUUGUCAGAACUAUGACGGUGAAUUUGUCAUUUUGAAAGAGAUUGUGAAUGAUAUUAGAGUUGUGCCUACUACAGCAACACCCAUUUCGGAAUACGAACGAAAUUUUCAAUGUUAUCACAAUAUGAAAUUGUAUAAUCAUUUCAUCAACAGGAUCAACAACUGGAUUAACUGGGGUAAGGAACUACAACUUUGUUCUCAAGUUUGUGACUCUUUAGAUGAUGAAGUGCCACCAGUGGAUCUUUUGGAAAAUGAACAAACAAUAGGUACUGAUGAAAUUGGACACAAUUAUACGCGAAUUUACAAUUCAAGACGUCAACAAUCACGCUGGUACCAAGUGCAGCUUGGUAUUUACAAAUCCAGUUUAUUGUUGGGCAAGAAUGCUAAACGCAGCUUGAUUAGUGUAAAGACACCACUCAGAGAAUAUCGGGUGUCGUAUAUCCCUCCUUCAACCAAAGUCAAACAUGAUCCAGGGAAAACAACUUUCCAAUCUGCUAAAUUGAAUAUACCUUUGGAAGUAUCGAUGGAAAAUAUGGGUUUGCCUUCGAAACCGAUCGCGCCUUGUGAAAUCAAGCAUGUGGGGGCUGAAUUGGAGAUUGUUACAAUUACGUCAACAGAUAAAACCCCCAUUCCUAUGGAAUUUGAAUCUGCAUUUUGGGGAAACAAUAAUGGUAUCUCAAGUGACAAUUUUAGUAUUGAUGAUUUUCAAAAUGCAGUGGUUAAUCCCAUGAAACAAUACUAUCGAACAUUGAAUCAGAUGAAGAAUCAAUUAGGGUCAAAUGUGUUUACAAUUGAUAACCAAUUGAUGGCUAAUAUCAAAAUACUUUCCAACUUGACGGUAAACACCACAUGUUUGAAAUUUAAUGAUUUGAUUGUUAAUGGCAAAAUGUAUUGUUCAAAAGAUAAACCACCAGUUUUGAGCUAUACAAAACCGUCAAAGUUUAAUUUACUUUUGGAUUUGAGAAAAUUGACAAAAAGGGGAGAAAUCAAUCGUUUUCAAAGCGAUUGGUUUACAUUAUUGCCUAGUUUCCAAAGUUGUUAUAUUGCUCGAAUGUACCAUGUUAAAGUAUCAUUAUUGAUUGAUGAUAAAGCCAUACUGAUUAGGGUACCAGUGGUGAUUGAAAAGAGGGAGGGUUUCAAUCCAUUGCCUUAUUAUGUCACAUUGUCGACUUGUUAA